AUGUCUACACUGCCGCAGCCAUCGAGAACGGCCUCCGGCCCACCACUGGGGGCAGCAGCCCAGUUGCCAAUCCCAAAAUCGAGAAAAAGUCUACCUACAUCCGUCGAGUCUCCUAGGGCUGUUUCUCCCUCCAAACUACGCACACCUUCCAGCCCCAGACCGACACUCAGCAAGUCUCCACUUUCCAACUCAGCAACCAAUAUCAGCGCUGCCAGAUCAACUACUGUGGCUAGAACUCCCAGCAGUCCUGAUAAAUCCUUACGGAGGACAAUCAGCAUUGCGGCAUUUCCUCAACCCCCAAGGCCUGGAAGCCGCCCUUCUACCGCGUCAUCAAUGACGGCCCCUCAUGGUCUACAAUCUUCUGGAAGCGUAAAGUCAAAGAGGGGCUCGCGACCCAGUGCGGGGACUACUAGCCAGAGAAGCUCAAAGACCCAUUCAUUACUGAGCGUUGGAGCUGCUGUCCCAGGCACAGACAUGGAAGCCUCACCUUCCCAGAGCAGAAGCUCAUCUGCUGAAGGAUCUUACUCGACAAGCGCGACCACAUUUGAUGAGGGUGAGCCGGCUUCAACUAAGUCAAAGGAAACCAAGGGAAAUGUCAUAGUCAGCGUAAGGGUACGGCCAAAUGUUGGUGGUGAGAGCUCGGCGAACCCCGAGUGGAUAGUGGAUGCUCGUCGAGGUCUACUUGUAUAUAAUGGGAAAGAGGGCGGUGAUUACUACUAUGAUAACGUUUUCUCGGCAAUGGAAAAUAACGCUCGAGUCUACGACUCGGCUGCCAAGCGUUUGGUAAGGAGGGUGAUGGAAGGGUACCACGGCACAGUCUUUGCUUAUGGUAUGACCGGAACUGGUAAAACCUUUUCUAUGCAGGGAACCGCAACAUCUCCCGGGGUGAUCCCCUUGGCCAUCACGGACAUAUUCUCAUUUAUCAGAGAAACCCCACAUAGGGAGUUUUUACUUCGCGUCAGCUAUCUCGAAAUCUACAACGAGAAGAUUCACGACCUCCUUUCAGCGUCCACUGGGUCUUCUUCAGAGGACAUCAAAUUACGCGAAGAUAGCAAACGGGGUGUCUACGCAACUCCUUUAAAGGAGGAAAUUGUGCAGAGUCCGACACAGCUCCUCCGCGUUAUUGCGAGGGGUGAUCAUGCAAGGAGGACAGGCAGCACUCAGUUUAAUGCUCGCAGCUCGCGAAGUCAUGCAGUGGUUCAGAUUGUUGUCGAAAGUAGGGAGCGAGUACCUACCGGCACAACCCAGGACAGGAGAUCUGGUCUAGCCCCGGGCGGGGUUCGAGUAUCAACACUGAGCCUCAUCGAUCUUGCAGGAUCUGAGCGAGCGGCAGAUGACAAAGAACGACGAACUGAGGGCGCACAUAUUAACAAGAGCCUUCUCACUCUGGGAAAUAUCAUCUCCAGGCUGUCAGAAACCAAAGGCAAGACAGCUGCUGACAAAGAUGGCAAACAUCUGCCUUUUCGUGACAGUAAACUCACGAGGUUGCUGCAGCCAGCUCUCUCUGGCAAUUCGCUGGUCAGUAUUCUUUGUACCGUUCAACUGAGCAGCUUGGUUGCAUCAGAGACUCUGAACACCUUGAAGUUUGCUGCUCGAGCCAAAAACAAUAUUGUUAGCCAUGCCAAAAGGGCAGAAGAGGCGUUUGGUGGCGGCGGUGGUGAUGCAGGCAGCCGCGUGCUACUUGAACGUUACCGUAUGGAAAUUCAAGCCCUGCGUUGUCAGCUUGAAAACCAAACGAAAGCGCAGGCCGAGAAAGAGCUUAAGCUGGAAGAACAGAAGUUAGAACAGGAGGCUCAAGAGCGCCACGAAGAGCAGAUGCUCGAAAUGCAGCUAGCUCGGACCGCACUCAAGGAACGAAUAGAGCAUUUGAACCGACUCAUUCUAAGUUCAAAGUCCACAGGCGUCAACUCACAAGGAGCCAUGUCUGCUCUUGGCCGGCUUUCCAGACUGUCUUCCAUAGACCCGGGAUCUCGGUCUCUGCGUUCUUCUGUCAGUCAAUCCACUUUAGGCACGUCCAUGCGGCCUGUUUCUUUUCUUUCCGUCCAUAGCCAAGAAUUCCACCUGAGCAAUGAGGAUGAGGAUACGAUUGGGGAGUUUGCGGAUGGAAAGGCGAGUGCUCAAAGACAGAUAGCUGCUCUUCAGGCCGACCUUGCCGAUAAAAACCGAUAUAUUGCAACACUGGAAAGGCGUUUGCUCCAAGCUCGGCGAUCCAGCCAUUCUCGCAUGUCAUUGGGAAUAAAAGCGAACAGCUCUACAGAUAAUCCCAACUUCGUGGCCCAGCUCCGAGAAAAAGAUAUGGAGAUCAACGAACUCCGCCUCCAGUUGGACGAUAAGGAUCGCAUGCUGACAGCUCUUCGCUCCGCUGCUCGACACCGAGAUCUUGCCCAGCUCACAUUGGAUAACCAAUCGUUACCAAAAGAGACUAGUUCUCCAGACCGAGAACCGCCGCCAACCUCUCAGGCUCCUGAUCCCGGGGCGAAGCGAAAGAGUAUGGAUGAAGUUUCGCGGAUCCUCGAUGAGAUGAUCCAAGACCGUGUUGAGAGUGGACAUCUCAUAAAAGGUGCCCGUGGGAGUGUUCGAGUGGCCCCUGGAAGUCGAAGGGCAUCCGAGUCACAUCAGGCUGCAGGGCCUACAGGUACGACUCCACUAAACAGUCGUCCAAGUGCAUGA